GUAGCAGGAGCGAGAACUACGGUAUAGGCUAGCAUUGGGGAAAAUGUAUGGCUUCCAGUGCCACAGAAACAGACCAAACCAUCACAACAAUCUUCCCUCCUUCUCCUCAUUGCAAAACUUUCCUCAUUCCCAAUAACAAAAUGCCAUUUCUUUGCUUCCAUCUUCUUUCUGGCCCCACCACUUCCCUCUACUCUCCGGCCAGUUGCUCGCUCCCUUUCAUUCAUUUUCACACUUCUCUUUUACAUAUCGUCCCUAACAUACCAGUAAUUGUUACAGAGAAAAUCAGUGGAAAAACACAGUGGAAAUGAUGGGGAAGUUGAAUUUGUUGGAGGGCAUGAAUUGAGUACAAUCAUAGGUUGAUGAGGAUGAGAUUUAUUGGAGACAUAGAAAGGAAGAUGAAGAGUUGGAAUGGUCACAUAAUUCCACUCACUUAAUAACUCAGUUGACUCAAUGUUUUUCUACUGCUAUGGUUGGAUCACGAUCAUGGAUAGGAGGACUCUUUCACCGCACGAACAUUAAACAGAAUGAUAAGUUUAUUGACUAUCCUUUGAGUCCUCUUGAGGAGGAAAGACUUCAACGGCUUCACGAACGGCUGCAAGUUCCGUACGAUGAAACUCGCCUCGAUCAUCAAGAAUCAUUGAGAUCUUUGUGGCAAUGUUCCUUUCCUAAUGUUUCUCUGAAAGGCUUGAUAUCUGACCAAUGGAAAGAUAUGGGAUGGCAAGGUGCUAAUCCAUCAACUGACUUUAGGGGAUGUGGCUUCAUUUCCCUUGAAAAUCUGCUGUUUUUCGCGAAGAAAUAUCCGGCAUCUUUUCACAGGCUGUUGUUGAAGAAAGAUGGAACGCGAGAUAAAUGGGAAUAUCCAUUUGCUGUUGCUGGCAUUAAUAUAUCAUUUAUGUUGAUACAGAUGUUGGAUUUAUGCUCAGAAGGAAAGCCUCGAUGUCGUCCUGGCAUGAAUUUUCUCAAGUUAUUAGGAGAAGAUGAAGAAGCAUUUGAUGUUCUAUACUGUAUAGCUUUCGAGAUGGUGGAUGCACAAUGGCUGGCCAUGCAUGCUUCCUACAUGAAUUUUAACGAGGUUCUACAAACAACAAGGAUGCAAUUGGAGAGAGAGCUAUCCUUAGAAGACAUCAACAGAAUACAAGAUUUGCCUGCUUACAAUCUGUUGUACCAAUAGCUUUAAUCUUUACCUCUUCUGUCCAUAACAACAAAUUCCCAAGGGACACAAAUUUGUGAGUAUUGCAGACAAUUCCAUUACAAUGUCUAUGCUCAUUGAACUUCAGGGAUUCACUCCUCUUAAUGGAUUUGUAUGAGUCACCUUAAUUUGAAGUUGUUUAUAACUAACAAUGAAAGGGAAUUUUGAAAGGGACUUUAUUUUAUUGUUGAGGAGCAAUUGAUGAUUUGAUGAGAAAUGGGAACCUAUCUAAUCUAAGAGUCCAAAAUAAAAUUGUAAAUAAAAAGUUAAUUGGAUUCAAAAUCUUGAGAUUAACUUUUGCACACCUCUUUUGUUUCCUCUUGUUUUUUUUUAGUUUAUGCUAACACAAACACUUAUAGCUGCAUAAUCUCACCUUUAUGCAUUUGCUACACUUUCUGUCAACAAUUAUGGAAGACAUUAGUUGAUUUAGUUUGAUUAUAACAUGUAUUUAAAUGUGUUCCGGUAUGAGAACAUUAUCACCUAAUUGGUGAUGAAUCCUUCGUUGCUGCUA